UGGUGUCAACUUUGACGUUCCAAUUUCAUGUUUUCAAUCAAAAUUAUCGGCUAAUGGUAAAUUUGAUCCUGCCUAUAGAUAAAAAUAGUGUACAUUUGAUCAUUGAUUACGUGUAAUGAACUGCUGUUGGGGAUAGCAUAAGCAGAACAGUUUAGAAAUGGAUUGUUUACCCGGUAUAGUAGUGGCGAGUUGCAGCAGUACAAAACCCAGAUCUCUCAUCAAGCUAAUAACAAAAAAUAAAGAGGUACUCGAUGAUCCAAAAAUACCAGGCCUUAUACAUCAAACAUGGGAAAUAAGUAACAAGUAUUAUACAGCAAAAGUGAAAUUUCUUGGUUUGGAGAUGCCCGUAAGCCAAACCAAUGAUUUAGACACCAAUGUACAAGCUUUAAUCCUUCAUAUGGAUCCAAACAAGGAAUCCGGUUUGGUAGAUUUAGAAAAAUGGAUGUACCCAAAUCAAAAUCAUUGCUUUGAAGUUAAACUGCUUCUCUCAAAUUACUGUACAGAAGAAACAAAAAUCACAAAGUAUCAGGCACUACAAUGGUGCUUGAAACAUGAUUUUGAGUUCAUCGAGUUGUAUCCUACCAAAAGUAAAGAAGAACCAGAGGAAGACAGUAUUAUAAAAGAGAAAACAGGAGUAGAGCGAAUAAUUGAAGCAUUGCAGUGUUAUACAUGGCCAAACCUUGUACUGAAAGAUAAGGACAAACCAAAGGGUGAUGUGAGCUCCAGGAGUUCAAAUAAUCCUGAAGAAUGUGAUGAUGGCGCUGAUGAUUUCACAGAAUUGUUCGCUCAACUGCAUAUGAUGAAAGACAGUUUACAGAAUAUGCCUGUAAAUCAAAGGAAACAAUGUGCGGAACAGAUGGUCACAGCUUUCUGGAAAGCUAUUGGAGAUAAAUCUCUGGUUUAUGAUCUAUUUAUAAGGAAUAAUCAAGUAAUGGACUCAAAUGAUGACAAAGUGGACCCUGAUUAUGUUACAAACAAUGCCGCUCUACGAAAUUUGGAAAAAAGAGAUGAAAAUACAGUAUCAGCAGAGACUAUACAUAGGAUAAUAUCAGAAGAAUUUACUAAGGAACUUACCCUAAGAGAAAAACAAUUAGAAGAAAUUGAGGAACAAAUAACAAAAGCACAAAAAUUGUUACACUUGGUUCGUUAUGUUAUCAUAACUUCUUAUUAUGAUAAAAAGAGCUUAGAGCAUACUACUACAGCAGAAGAACAGAUGAGUACAGUAUUUGAUAGUCAAAAUAGGAUCCACCCUGCUGUGAAGAAACUUAUAGGGAAAAAUCCUACUUUAGACGUGUUCAACAUUCAUGGUAAAAGGAAAGCAGCAAAGAGCUCUCUUUUUGGUGAACCGUCCACUUCACAAGUUGUUGAAACUAAAAAGCCAAAGCUUGAAGUAAAAGGCAUAUCGAAAACAUCUGUUGAUAGUAAUCAAAAUUGUCUACAAAGCAGGAAAAAGACAAGACAUAGGAUAGUUGUAGGCAAUAUUUCAAAAUAUAUGUCUUCAGUGGAAGAUGACAAUAUGACGCACAAGUGGAUGGUAUAUGUAAGAGGAGAUAAAAGUAAACCAGAUAUUUCAGAUAUUGUUGAAAAGGUUGUAUUUUAUUUACAUCCGUCUUACAAGCCAAAUGAUGUUGUUGAAGUAAAUGAAUCUCCAUUCCACCUGUCGCGAAGAGGAUGGGGCGAAUUUCCACUUAGGGUCCAAAUAUUUUUCAAAAGUUCUUUAAAUAAGCCUGUCGAUAUUGUACAUAAUUUGAAACUAGAUAAAUCCUGCACAGGUCGCCAAGUAUUAGGUAAUGAAACUUUGGUAGACGUAUACUUGCGCGAUUCUACACCAGCAAAUACGAUAACAAUAAAAAAAGAACCAUCCGAUUUAGGUGUUAGCGAAGAAUCUCUUGAUUGGCAAGAGAUCGCAGAAUCACAAAGUAGCUCUAGCACUUCAAAUAUUGAACUCAAAGAAGAGCCUCCUCAUUCAGAAGUUGGUAUAUUCGACUUGGAUCUACUCCUACCAGGGUCUUCAAGUCUUGAAACAACAUAUAUACCCUUAGAAGACCUAGAUAGUACCAAUGAACACAGUUAUUGCAAUAAUGGGUUACUGGAUAGUAGCAUAAGUCAAGACCAUUCAUAUAGUUUACCAUCUGGCAGUGAAGAUGAUUCCAAGAUAGUAAAAAAAGAAAUCAAUAUCACCGAUAUUUUGGAACAAGGGAACAAUAGGUUGAUAUUUGGUUUGGGUGAUAAUUAUUUAGACGACAAUAAGAGGAAAAAAGUAGUCAUCCCAAAAAAGUCGACUCCUGCUUCGACAACAUCAACGCCUCUCGCCCAGUCUAUCAAAAUUCUACCAGCGACGUACUCGAAACUGGUCAACUUGAACAAUGGUCACUCCGUCCAAGUGUGGGUGUUGCCCCAAGGUAUCCCGAACCAACAGAAACCUACUCACUCGAAACAGGUCGAACUACGCACUGUACAGCAGGAUACUCCGAUGAUCGACUACGAAAAGUACAAAGUAACGCUGCCGAAGAACCGGUUCAAGAACCUUGGAGAGGCGCUGAUGUAUCUGAUGAGGAGGUUGCCGUUGUGGGACGAGAGGAGGAAAGAUCUGAAUUUUAGGUGCACGUUCCCCUACGUGGCUGGUAACAGGCAGGAGUUCGAGAGGUGGAAUGUCGGCAAGAGGGCUAAUUCGGAGUGGUGUCGAGCUCGAAUGCUGAAAUCAAUUCUCUCAGAGGAAAAAUUCCCGUCCGUAGAAAAAUGGAGUACAAAGACAUACUUUAUGUAUGCCCGAUCGCAUGGUUACUGUGCAUUAGUGAAACAUCGAUCACUAUUUUCAAAAUACUCCAAAGACAUCACUUUAAUUAGUGAAUGUUUCUCUACGUCUUUGUCCUUGCCAAAAAAUAUAUCCAGGCGGCUACUGGACGCCGAUUUAGACUAUGAUGUUGACGUAGAAUCUAAUGGUGAUGCAAGAAGUAAUUCAUUAGAGCCGACGCUAACAAUUGACUUAGACCAAUCAGAUACCAUUUUGAAGAAUCAGUGUGUGUUUGUAAAAGAAGCUGCAUUGGACGUUGGAGUUGUGCUGAAACCAGAACAAAUCGUAGAGGGGGUAACAAUGAACGCUGCAGAAAGAGUGAUGUUAGAGGCUGUGAAAUGUUUCGCGGAAAAUUUGAUACGAAGAGCACACCAUCAUUUGGUCUGCCAGACAACACAUAAAGAUGGCUGUUUAGAAGUUACCAAAGACGAAAUCCAGGUAGCCCUGAAGGAUCGUUCAGAAAUGGAGUCCAUUUUCACAUUUAAGAGAAUGAAGAAGGAACGGCAACUCUUCUCAUAAGACUGUGUUAUUUAUAAUAGUUUUGAUGUAUAUUUACCUGUACAUGUUUUAGUAUUAAUUUUUUAGUAUCUGUUAUGUUUUAAAAUAAUUUUAAUAACCUAUCAUGUGCCUGUAAAAUGAAAUUAAAAGGUAUUUUUAAAGGUCCAAAUAAAUAUCCCGAGCUUAAAAAAA